CGGUUAUCGAGGCUCGCUUUUGUGAAUGAGUACAAUACGGGAGACAUGCGAGUAAAGGCUCAACUCCUCUGUCGCCGGGGCUCCCGGGGGGCCAACCACCGAUGAGAGGGAUUACCGGCGGAGCGGAGCCGCGAAUCAUUGCGGAAAAGCGACCCUGACUGCAGACUGGCGCGGAUAGAGGCACCGUGACGGAGACGGGCUCCACGGCGGAACAAAACCGCGGCGACCACAAUGUCCAUCCACAUCGUGGCUCUGGGCAGCGAGUGUCCCGGAGGAGUCGGGCCUGGAGAGGAGAUCAUGGGCCAGGGGCAGCUGCAGGGAGGCUUGCUGUGGAGCUACCUGGGUCACGGAGCGCUGGUGGGACCCUGCGACCUGGAGGGGAGUCUGCCCAACCCAGCCUUCUUGGAGUACACUUCACGUGUGUUUGGAGACGUUACUGUAGUGGUUCGGGAUUGCCCCAGCUGGGACUUGUUGGACAGCGACUGGGCGAGUGUACGGAAGGUUCUGGAGCAGGCCGACAUCCUGGUCAUUAAAUAUUCCGUCACAGACAAGCUGGCCUUCCAGCAAGUCAGAAAUGGGUAUGCCCCGAGGCUCCGCCCACUCCUGAGGCAUUGGGGUGUGCCGGUCAUCCUUGUUGCCAUUGGAGCACGCCUGAAUGAUGAAGGCCCUCCUUGUACGUGCCCGUUGUGUGCGUCUGACUGGAGCAGCUGUGUGCCUCACAGUGAAGGUCUGCAGCUCUCCCGGGACCUGGGGGCAACUUAUCUGGAGCUGCCCUCUCUCAAUCAUGUCUUUGUUGGCCGAUACUUUGGCAGCGUGCUGGAGUACUUCAUGAUUCAGUGUCUGAAGCACAAAGCCAAAGAGAGGCCAGAGAAGAGGCGAGGAAACAAAGUGAACGAGCUCCGCCCCCCUCACUUAGAACAACCAGCUCGUCUUCCUCCCAUCCGAGUGGAGGAGUCCAGCUUCUCCCAGGACAUGCAGUGGCUGUUGGAGCGUGGUGUGCAGUUCGCAGACGUGGCUUUCUAUGCCGGCGAUUCUGGGAAAGAGCUGGGUUGGGCCCACGCGGCCGUGCUGUGUGCCGUCAGCCCGUACUUUCGACAGCUGCUCCUUGGGCCCAAGACCAGGGAGCGUCCACAGUCCAGGUGUAUUUGCAGAGAGCGGGACGGAGGUCCCCAUUCGCUGCUCUCCACCUGGGAUGGAGGCAUUAUCGAUGACAUGCCCCGAUCAGAAGGUCACCUGACAGGACGCCUCACUCGGCUGGUGGUGAAGGACCCCCUCCUCUGUAUGUGCUUGUGGGAGACUCUCAUGUUCAUUUACAGAGGAGCGUGGGAGUGGGAGCACCUCCAAGAGGCCCUGGAAGAGAAGCUGAAGAGUUCGCUAGCUGUGGCUACACUUAUGGAACGCAUACGAUCCCUAAUUGGCAGAGAAAGGGGAGUGUAUUGCCCGCUCACCGGGCGGUGCUGGUUGCUCGCUGUGAUGUCAUGGCAGCCAUGUUCAGUGGGAAAUAUGCAGAGGCUCGGAGCAGAGUGGUUCCCAUCCACGGAGUCUCUUCUGACACCUUUCUGUCUUUUCUGGAGUACCUCUACACUGACUCCUGCUGUCCUGCCAGUGUGCUGCAGGCCAUGGCUGUACUGGUUUGUGCAGAGAUGUAUCAGGUGAAACGACUACAGCACCUGUGCGAGGUGUGUGUGUGUGCUUACCUUCAGAGCAUGCCCAGUAGAGAGCUGGCAUCAACAGGAAUCAGCGUGGUCAGACUGCUCCGCAGGGCAAAGUGCCAUAACGCAGAGCAGUUGUACAUCUGGCUCCUCCACUUCAUCGCCAACAACUACCUGAUCUUUAGUCAUAAACCCGACUUCCUGGAGCUCUCAGAGGAGGAGCGUGAGCAGGUGGAGAGGCUACGCUGGCCGUCCAGAGGAUACCUGCAGGAGCUCAGCGAGUAUCAGCAGCGGCGGCGCAAUCUACGAAAGUCUCGCUGCUUAGUCAUGUGACCACAUCUGGAGGCCUAAACUCUGUGGAAGAGGGUGGGGCACAAAAGGGAAUACAAGAGGAGAGAGAGAGGAUAGUUGUCAAAAUGUGAGCAGAAAGCUCAGACGAACCACACCUCCACCUCUAGAGGAAUGACUCUUUGCAUCAGGACAACUUCAUCUUGGGCAAUACAAACUAGGAUUUUAAAAUGACCAUCUGGCCACAAGGCAGAGGCUCUGUGAUAGAUUAUAUUUCUACAAGAUGCUAAAUAAUAAUCAAAUGUGCUAAAUUAUUCCAUAAGGAUUAAAAAUACCAGAUAUUCAAACCAGCAUUAUGUGUAAAUUGUUUCUACCCCCACCCUGACAACGGUGGUCUAAGCUGCACACACACCGGCUGCAGCAAUAAUUAAACCCACAGUAGCAUCCAUGUGUUGUUGGACGUAAUGAUUUGAAACAUCUCUGGAGUCUGGACUUCUCAGAUCAGAUCUACAGCCCAGCACUGGCUGCUAAAGCAGUCGUUACUCAUUUUCAUCUGUAAAAUAUCAGAAACCCGAUCAGCUUCUGAGCAGGACCAAUUUAAUUACAGCUCUCUUAGUAGAUCUUUCACAUUUAUGAUGCAUCACAAGUAAUUGUUUUGCAGCCAAAUUGAUUUAUCUUGACAGAAUAAAUUUAUUAUAUUUUGAUUAUAAUUAGAUUCAAAUACCAUUUUUCAGAGAAAAAAACGACAUCUAUUUUAUAUAAAAAAUAAAGUGCAAACAAAUUCGGAUAGAAAAUCAAGACCGUUCUGUGAAUACACAUCUGUCCAUACCAAUGUUUAGCUUAUUAGAUAUCAGAAAACCUGAGUAAAUACAGAAACAGUUUUAAAAUUGAGUUUUUAUUUAUUUAGCAGAUAAAUUGAUCCCAACCAACUAAACCUACACUUUUAUAAACACCCUUGGUUGGUCAGAACUGGUAAUGGUGAUGAGUUUAGAGAGCCUCCUGGACACUUCGCUGGGGAGGUGUUGGAGGCAUGUCCCGUCAGUGGGAGGCGUCCUGGUCGACUCAGGACGCGCUGGAGGGAUCAUAUCUGUAGGCUCGCCUGAGAAUGCUUUGGGAUGCCACAAGAGGAGCUGGUGGAGAAGCCUGUUAGGGAUUCAUAGUUUAUGGUUGAGUGUACACACCCUUUUGCUAUUGAGGAAUACCGACCUCUGACCUUAACCAAGUGAAGAAGUUGAUUUAUACAGCACUUUUCACAGACAAGUCAAAGUGCUUCAGACAAAAAAAAAACAUACAAUGAACACAAUUACAAUAAAACAUUAAAGACUAAAGCUUGAAAACAACAGAAUUACAAUUAUCAAUGAUCAAUAAGACUGGUGGUGCUGGUUUAGGUGUUUUUCUGCAUUAUUGAAUUUAGAAUGGAACACCGUGUUUAUUUCGCCUACUCCAUGUUGUCAGACAGGUUUUGAGGAAUUGAUUACAUUAGUAGUAGGCAAUAAUCUGAGUGAAACUGGACUCAGAUUUCUUAAUGUGGUUAAUUCAAAAUGUAGAUUAUUUUUUCCAUUUAGGUCUAUGCUUGUUUUUAAUACACAAAAUGAUGAUAAAAGUUGUAUUUACUCAGGUUCUGUUGAUACUGUCAUUCGUUUACUAAUCUGAAAUCUUUGUGACAGAAAAGCAAAAACAAUGAAUCUGUGUGUGGGCACAUAGGUUUUCACAUCACUGAAACACUUCCCUUUUGAACUUGAGCUUCAUACUUUGUCCUUUGGAGGGUUGUAGUGAGUCCUUAUUUGGACCAACACAGUGAAAGCCUUUGAUAGUGAAAAUGAUGUAGACUCCAUAUCACAACAUAAUUACAGUACAAACCUCGCUGCCUCUGGGUUAAUAAGACAGUAUUUCUUUUACCCAUUGUUUUUGGUAGAUUAUUUUAAAUAAAAAUGAGAUUAUGAUUUAUAGUGCUGCAAAUAUUUUUGUAAACUAUACAAUAUGUGUACUUGAAAAACAUGGCCGCACCUUUUUACAGUCCAGCGUUUCUCUGCCAUUUACUCAGUUUGAACUUAGUCAUAUUGUUGGGCUUUUUGAAGCCAAUUAUUUGUUUCACAAAUUAUUAAUGUACAGUAACCAUCAGUACCAGAUGGUGUCCAGUUCUAGGAGUAUCUAUGCAGAAAUGUAGCAGAAAUCAGUGCAUUUCUCUUCAGUAAAUCACUGAGAUUUUGACCAUAUGGAUGUUUGGUAUGCAUUUGUAUAAAAUAAAAUACUAAAUCCUCAGAAAUAUAAAUUUAUUAGUGAAAGGCAGGUGGAACUCUGGACUGUAAAACAAAAGUGCACCAGCUGUACAGUCUGUACAUAACGUAGCAGUGGACUUUAAAUAAAGACCUUUUAGAAUCAA